AAACCGCGUUGCCCCCAAUGCCUCGUCCAGCCCGCAGCACGCUCCCUCCACCCAUCCGUCCUCGCCAUCUUUUCUCUUUUCCCUGCUGGCAGGAAGGCACGCGUGAGAGUUGACCGCAGGACCAAACUUAUCCUUACGCACUAGAACACCAUGCCGCAGCAUGAGUACAUGGAAGCGCACAAGAAGCGCCAUGGCGAGCGAAUGGACCGAGCGGAGAAGAGACGAAAAAAGGAUGCGAGGGAGGUGCAUAAGCGAUCAGAGUUUGCCCAGAAGGUCCACGGCAUCCGCGCGAAGCUUUACCAGCGAAAGCGUUUCAAGGAGAAGGCGACGAUGCGAAAAACAAUCGCAAUGCACCAGGAACGCACGAACAAGCACGCCAACGAUGACGCAGUACCAGACGGUGCCGUUCCUGCUUACUUGCUCGAUCGCGAGGGUGUUAGUCGGGCCAAGGUUUUGAGCAAUACGGUAAAGCAAAAGCGCAAGGAAAAAGCGGGCAAGUGGGACGUGCCAAUACCCAAGGUAAAGCCAGUGGCCGACGAUGAGAUGUUCAAGGUUUUGCGAAGUGGAAAGCGCAAGAACAAGGCAUGGAAACGCAUGGUGACGAAGGUCACUUUCGUCGGCGAGGGCUUCACACGGAAAGCACCCAAGUACGAACGGUUUAUCCGACCAACAGGUCUCCGAUUUAAGAAGGCCCACGUAACACACCCCGAGCUGAAGGCAACCUUUCACCUCGACAUCCUUGGGGUUAAAAAGAACCCGAGCUCGCCUCUCUACACUCAGCUUGGAGUCAUGACCAAGGGCACCGUCAUCGAGGUCAACGUGAGCGACCUUGGCCUGGUGACCCAAAGCGGCAAGGUCGUCUGGGGAAAGUACGCGCAAGUCACGAAUUCACCGGAGCUGGAUGGGUGCAUCAAUGCCGUGCUGCUUGUGUAGAGCUAUGUUUUGCUUCUUUUGUUUUUAGUUUGAACUAGCGGCAAGGCCGUCUGGGGAAAGUACGCGCAAGUCACGAAUUCACCGGAGCUGGAUGGGUGCAUCAAUGCCGUGCUGCUUGUGUAGAGCUAUGUUUUGCUUCUUUUGUUUUUAGUUUGAACUAGCGGCAAGGCCGUCUGGGGAAAGUACGCGCAAGUCACGAAUUCACCGGAGCUGGAUGGGUG